UAGCCAAAACGCCAGACAUCAACGCAACCGCUACACUUAGCCACAGUAUCGCGGACGGACGACGAUGAGAAGACAUCGCAGGCACAAAUAUCUAAAAAUUUUCACAACUUCAAUUGGAUAAAACAUACACGGCACAAUUAAUUGUCUACACAAAAGUUUAUUAUACAUAAAAAUCGGCAAAAUUUUGCAGUUACCAAAGGAAAAUCGUCAAAAUUCGCCAGCAAUAGUAAAACAGAAAUACAGGAGGAGCAAGUAACAUAGCAAAAAUUACAACGUUUCGUCGGAAAUGUGAACAAAUUUCUGAAACAAAAUAAAAAUCCAGAAAAUUUGCCGAAAUUUGCAAAAUUAUUUAGCAUUUGGUUGCCGGUAAAUCAAUUUUGCAAUAACCGUUAGCAGCAGUGUAAGACAAAGUCCGCGUAUACUCGGAAAAACACAAAAAAAAAUUAAAUUGUUUUCUAAAAAAUCUACUAUAAAAAUACAGCAGCAAUAGAUGAGACAAAAUAAAAAUUUAACAACAAAUAGCCGCAGUUCGCAGUCUACAUACGCAGGAGCAGCAACACCAACCCCGGAGAAAUUUGGCAAAUAAAAAAUUCAACUUUAACUAAUUUUCAACUCUGAAUAGUUUUUAUAAUUUUUACGCCUUAGUGAAUUCGUAUUAAGUUUAGUUUUUCAAUAUUUGCUUAAAUAAAUUUUAAACACUUUUACGCUUUUACUUCCGCAUUUUAAUAUAGUUUUGUUUACUAUAAAUAUUAGUACGCGCGUUUAAGUUAGUUUGUUGUACGAGGUAAUAAGCUACAAUUUAAAGUAAAAACUAAAAAACUAAUAAUAAAGCCCAAUAUACAGUGGGUGCAUCGAAAAAAAAACUAUUAAAAGACUGUUCCGAGUGUGCAGAGCAUUUGUACUUUAAAACACAGAAAAAUAUAAAAGUACACUUAGCCAAUUAAUUUAAUAGAAAGUCGAGAAGACAAAUAUACUUUAAAGAAAUAAAUAUAUGAUAAGCGAUAAAAGACGCCUGAUUUUGUGAUUGAGAUAUAUUACGAGAAAAUAGCAUAAAAGUGAGUGCUCGCCGAAAACUUUGAUUCGAAACUGUGUUUUGCAAGAAAAUUGCAUUUUGCACUUUGGAAAUUUCUCUGUGUGACCCCCAGGUGUGUGUAAUGAUUGUAUAAAAAAUGCAGCAUUAUGACGCGGCGCGCGCAAAUCACCUAACUAAUUACUUGAAGACAUUUGAUAAAGGUGUUGAAAAUAAUACUUGAAAAUAUUAAGUGAUUCAAAUAAGGAAUAAACACAAAUCAAGUGUGAAAAAUACUCAAAGGAGUGUAGAAAAAAAGCACACACAACAAUAACAAAAGCAAACUGAAACUAAGUGAGUGAGAACAGCAACGAAGUGACAAUCGCAGAGUAAUAAAAAAAAUUUUAAAAAUUAGACAGCAAGCAAGCCAAACAAAACAUAAAACAAAAGUCAAAAAACAGUACGACGAUUAAAAUUUAAACCUUCAAAAUAUUUUACUAACUCAGCUAAAUAUUUUUGAUAACAACAAACACACAUUAAACACAGCAUCAUCAAUUAUAAAGGGAAAAACAACAUAAGCAAUCUAUUUCAAUCUGUUUACUUGCAAACUCCGUUAACUACAACUACAAGUACUAUAGUCCGAUAAUCAAAGGAUUUGCUAUUCAUCUAUACACAAAUGCGGUAAGGCGAUUUCAAGCGUAACGCCUAGGUUGUGAAAACUUGGAACAAACGAAAAAUCUGAUUGUUUUAUGGAGCUUUUUAUAAGGAGCGCAAUUAGAAUGUCUAAAAACAUAAAAUUUUAUUAAGCAUAAACUGUGUGCAGAAGAUAAGCUCAGCGCUGUGAAAACAUUUAGAUCAAACAAUUUUCACUGUCUAAUAAAAGGUAAAAAUUGUGAAGACAAUAACAAAAAAUCUGCUUCCAUAAGCAAGAAGGAAAAUUACAUAUAUUGUGCCUAAAAGUCAUUUCUAGAAUAAAAGAGAUUUCUUCAACGUAAACUUCGAAUUGAUUUCUGCUGCAACUUAAUACGCUUACGACGCAUUUAAAAUUAGUUUCGAAAAGAACUUAAGUAAAGAAAAAUAUUAUUUUUUAUGUAUAAAACAUAUUAAAGAGUAAUUGAAACUUUAGCAAGUCAAGUCGUUUUUAGAAAAAGGCUAUUGUGGAAAACCUGCUUUGCCAACAGCUAUUGCGAACUUGCUCAGCAGCACAGCGCAUACACGUGGCCAAUUCUUCAACUUUCUAAACUAAUAACCAUAGCGAACGCAACGAACGCAGCGGCGACCAGAAAAGGCGGUAAAACUUUCAAAAAGGAAGGCGAAUAUAUAAAACUAAAAGGAGUAAAAUUGAUUUAACAACAAUAACUAGCAAAGCAAUUUAUAUUACAUAGCAACAGGAGAUCAUUCGUACGGCAGCAGCCAAGCUCCAGUCUAGUGUGUAUACAAGUUCCACUCACCUACACGCCCACUCUCCCUCUCUUUCUUUGUAUCUCUCUCAGUCCAUCGUCUCUCGUUCGCUUCAACAUUUGCACGCAAAUAAAGUGCAUUGACUAGAUUGCAAUUUAGAAUUAGUCGUUGCAAGCUCGUGACUUGUUUUGCAUUAUAAUUGUGCAGUGGCGAAUAGCUCGCAGAAAACGAACACCAACACAUUUGCGCGCACACACCACUAACAACUAUCGGCAUUCAUAGCACAUCGGUGAGGAGUAAGUCGUAGCGAUCGUAAGUGUUGAACAACAACAGCAACAUCAUCCACACCUUAACCCCGCUACCAUAAUCGGAUUAAUCACUACUACAACGUCGGUUGCAAUACAGCAACAAUACCGGCUAGAAUCAUUCGUGUGAUCGGUUAACGAUCGGCGCUGCAAUACAAAUUGCAUCGUUGCAUUCGAUUGCACUUUUCGUGUUCGUGUUGAGUGCACGCUCUCACCAUCUCAUUCUGCGCUUUUUAACGGAAACCGGCCCCAACAAGCAAGCCGGCAACCACCACUAUCUACACUACCACAUAUUCAAUUUUGAUCAUUUCAUUGUGAAUCGCAUACUUUGGCGCGCACACGCAAUUGCUUUUCGCUUUGAAACGAAGCUGUUCGGUUGCACCACAUUGCACGAUCGAUUGCAAGACGAGAAAGUGCAUCCGAUUCAACGAUUUUUUUACGGAUUUGAAUUUGACAUCGGUGGUAUUGGCCCAACGACGAAUCAGUCAGUCAGUUAGUGUGCAAAUAAGCAGCGAGAGAACGAAAGCGCUGACGACGGCCGGCGUGAACGUAUUUGUUGCGAAUCAAAAUUUAGACAAAAAUAAUCACUCAUAAAAGGAAUAAUUGGCAUAAUUAUAAUAUAGCAUAGGAAUAACCAAGUAACAGGAGGAAAUACAAAACGGAAAAUCUUUGGAUAAGCGACGACUGGAUAAACAAAGUGGAAAACUAAAAUUUUUUUCAACGGCCAAGUGCAACGACUUUCAUUCAUUGCAACCAACGAAGUUCAACGCUAGCAGUACAGCCGCAGCAAUAGCAGUCGGAAGAGCACCAGCAGCAGCAGCAGCAACAGCAGAAAUCUCAUUGCAUUCGUAUUACUUGACGAUCCGUGACGCGUUCCCUCGUACAAAUACCCAUUGUCGUUCCAGAUUCGCGUUUCGCUUCGUGUGAUCGCCGCGUGGCAACGUGCAGUUCACAUCUGCAAUCUACACGGUCAGAGUCAUCGAAAUUGGCAAAUCGACAAACUGAAAAAAUCAGCAUAUAAACGCAAACAAAAAAACGUGUUCAAAGUGCUUUGAAAUAGUGUUGAACUUCUGCAGAGUAUACUACGAGAAAAAAAUUAAAUAAAAAGGAAAAUUAAUUAAAGAAAUUUUAAUAAACAAAACAAAACUCUAAAAAAUCAAACAAUUUUUUGUGGUGUAAAAAUUUAGCCGAAACAAAGUAAAAAAAAAACAAACCCCACUACAACAAAGCAAAGAGAAAAAACCAUCAACGUGUUCUUUUAGUGAAAUUUUAUACAUUUGUUUGAAUAUUUUUGUGUGCAUUGCCCAUUUUGUUUUAGUUUUAUACUAUUUGUUGUUAAAUACUACAAUACAUCACAAAAAAAAAUAUAUAUACACACACAUUCGACAUACUUAGAACAGUCAAACAGCAGUUAAAACUUUUUUUGGUGGUGUUUCUUCGUGCCUACACAUUAGCUCAUUAGGAUCAGCAGUGCAUAAGGAUUACAACAACAAGUCUGUCUACAUUUUCAUACGUGCAUUAAGGAUAUAGCAACACUAAAAAGUAAAAUGGCGGAAGGCAAUGGCGAACUGGUAGAUGACAUCAAUCAAAAAUCAGAAGAUCGCGGCGAUGGUGAAAGAACGGAAGAUUACCCAAAACUCUUGGAAUAUGGCUUAGAUAAAAAAGUUGCUGGUAAACUUGAUGAUAUUUACAAAACAGGUAAAUUAGCGCAUGUCGAAUUAGAUGAGCGCGCACUAGACGCGCUCAAAGAGUUUCCGGUUGAUGGUGCCUUGAAUGUAUUGAGUCAGUUCCUCGAAUCAAAUUUGGAACAUGUAUCAAAUAAGUCUGCGUAUUUGUGUGGUGUUAUGAAAACAUAUAGACAAAAGAGCCGUGCCAGCCAACAGGGAGUACCAACGCCAGCGACCGCAGUUCAAGUGAAGGGACCAGAUGAGGAGAAAAUCAAAAAAAUUCUCGAAAGAACUGGCUACUCCUUAGAUGUGACCACUGGUCAACGCAAAUAUGGCGGACCACCACCUAAUUGGGAUGGUCCAACACCCGGCAAUGGCUGCGAAGUUUUCUGUGGGAAAAUUCCAAAAGAUAUGUUUGAGGAUGAAAUUAUACCGUUAUUCGAAGAGUGCGGUACAAUAUGGGACCUUAGACUAAUGAUGGAUCCGAUGACGGGUACAAAUCGUGGAUAUGCAUUUGUAACCUUCACGACGCGUGAAGCGGCUUCAAAUGCCGUACGACAGCUGAAUGAUUUUGAAAUUCGGAAAGGCAAAAAGAUUGGUGUUACGAUAUCAUUUAACAAUCACCGGCUUUUUGUCGGCAAUAUUCCUAAGAAUAGAGAUCGUGACGAAUUAAUUGAGGAAUUUACGAAACACGCACCUGGCCUUAUCGAAGUGAUCAUCUACAGUUCACCAGAUGACAAGAAGAAAAAUCGUGGAUUCUGCUUUCUCGAAUAUGAAUCACACAAAGCGGCCUCGUUAGCAAAACGAAGACUUGGCACUGGUAGAAUUAAGGUUUGGGGAUGUGAUAUCAUUGUCGACUGGGCUGAUCCGCAAGAGGAACCAGACGAGCAAACAAUGUCAAAGGUGAAGGUCUUGUACGUGAGAAAUCUGACACAAGAUGUUAGUGAGGAGAAAUUAAAGGAGCAAUUCGAGCAAUAUGGCAAAGUUGAGCGCGUUAAGAAAAUCAAAGACUAUGCAUUCGUGCAUUUUGAGGAUCGUGAUAGCGCCGUGAUUGCAAUGCGCGGCCUCAAUGGCAAAGAGAUCGGCGCUUCUAAUAUUGAGGUAUCGCUUGCCAAACCACCAUCAGACAAGAAGAAGAAGGAGGAAAUCCUACGUGCACGCGAACGUCGCAUGAUGCAAAUGAUGCAAGGACGUCCCGGUCUUGUCGGCUAUGAACAAUUAUCUCCAUACAGAAACUUGUCGCCUACACAUCCCAACAUGAUGUCUUUAACUGCGCCCAUGCGCCUGCCUGGUGGUCCACGAAUACCGCUGCGCGCACCAAUUCCACGCGAUUACGAAGAAAAAGUUGAAAGAAGCACGAAAAGAAUACCACAGCAAAAUUUUUCCCAAUUUAUAGAUUAUGAUUACGACUUUUAUGGUUAUUCGGAUUAUCGUGGCGGCUACAAUGAAUCCUAUUACGACGAAUUUUAUCACACCUAUGAUGGAGAAUACUUCUUUGAUUAUCCACCGAGCGGUGUAACACCAUUGCAAACUGGUGGAGCCGCUGGUGGACUGCAGAGAACAGCCAGAAACAAUGUGGGGGUUGGUCGUGGACGUGGAAUCACGGCCACGCGUGGCCGAGCCGUUGGGCUCCGUGGCAACAUCAACCGUCAGGGGGCCCCUCAAGCGGCGGCGGCGGUGGUGGCGGCGGCGGCGGUGGCAGUUCAGCGGGGGGCCACCGCUCAGGGGGCUCAGGCAGCAACCGGGGGGGUCCGUGGGGUGGGACAAAUGCGUCCCAGCGCUCGUGGCACCCAGCACGCCAAGCCGCUACAAAAUUUACCAGUAGUCGGUAAACGUAAAUUUGAUGGAGGUCACCAAAAUCCUGCAGAUAUUAAGCGACGUUACCCGAGCGGUCUAAUCGGAAAUGGCAGUUGGGGCAGUAUACCGUUACCACAACAACCACUGGGCACCAAUGGCGAGCAAUGGUACACAGAUACAUUUCCAACUUGGAGUUAAACAACAAAAACAACUACAACAAGAACAAUAAUAAUAACAACAGCAUACACAAAUUUUAAAACAUCAAACAACAAACACAACUACUACCACUGCAGUAACAACAAUAGCUGCAAUAAUAAGAGCGAUUACAUAGGAGAAAUCACCAAUAACAAGAACAACUUUAAAAGCAUUAACAACUAUACUCGUUUACAUACAUAUUACAACACUUGUUUGAGUGCAAAGUCAGUGUUAUGUAAGGGGAGGGAAAAGCUAUUGGCUAUAAUGCAAAAGAAAAACAUAUAGCAAUAACAACAAUAACAAAUACAACCACAACACUUUAUUUACUCAAUAAGCAUAAGAAGAAAAGAGAUAUAAAUAGAAAGACAACACCAACAUCAAAAUGAAACUGAAAAUUAGAAACAGCAAAAGCGUUAGAUAUUAAAAAUACAAAUACUUAAUUGCAACAAAAAUACUAAUACUUGCAUACAAAACACAGUUGACAUGGCGAUUUGUUUGCUUAAUGUUUUAUAAUCUCAAACAGACAUACGACCAUAUGUAUCCAUAUAGAAAUUUAUGAAAAAAUGAUCAGAAAGUUUUAGGGACUUACCACAUGUAGAGUGACAAUGCAAUGGAAAAUUGGAAAAUGAUAAAAUGAUAAAAUGAUGUCCAAACUUGAAAAUCACAAUAGAAGUCAGUGCGAAAAAUUAUAAUAAUUAACAAUAUGAACGAGAUGUAGGUAUGCAUGUGCGUAUGUACGUAUGUAAGUGCACACAUGCAUAAAUACAUAAACCACAUAUAACGUAUAUCGCAACUAUCUAAACUUUAUAGCAGUCCAAUUAAACCAAAACACACACCCACUUACAUACGUAUAUACAAGAAUGUAAAGAGAAUGAGUUUUAAAGCAGCAAGAAAAAAAUAUGUAUAACGAAAUAUCAAUGAUUUUCCGUUGCGAAAGUUAGUACAUAAUUCAGAAAAAAAGAAAAAAUAAAAACAAAAAUAACAGAAAAUAAAUAGUAGUGCUGUACUCAUUUGAAAAUUCACGUCCGUAAAUUUUGCAAAUAAAAAUAAAUUAUUUAAACAUGUAUGUAUGUAAUUGUAUACCUUUUAAACUAAAGUGUAGACAAAAUUCAGCCAAGUAAAAAUAUUAAAAUUAAAUGUAUGUAUGUAUUAAGUAGCAACAGCAUACAAUUUUAACUGGUUUAUUUCUGGAAGCUUACUUCGGCUUAUCUGGGCAUUUUAAAUUGCGUAUGUCAUAACAAUAAAAACAAGCAAAAUAUUAUAAUAAACUUUUAAGUACCACAAAACACAAACAAGAACAAAAAAAUGAGUGAAUUAAAAAAUUGAAUUUUAAAAUGCAUUACUACUGCUCUACCAUGAAAACACACAACAAAUUAUAAUGAAAAAGAAAGAAGUAAGCAUUAAAAGUUACCAGAAAAAGCAACUUAUGCCGGAAAAUCAUUGUGCAAAGAAAUGACUUAUGACGUGUAGCCCCCAUAGCAGACGUCAAACAAUAAUGAAGCGAAGGCAUACUUGCCUUCAUAUUAUCUAAUUGAUUAGUACUAUUUCGAUACGCAGUUUUUAUACACCAUUAUAUACAAAUGCAGACAAGAUUGAAAGUAAUAAUACAAAUAACUAAAUAAAAUGUAAUAAAAUGUUUGAUAGCGAAAACCUCUCACUCAAAUAUUGUAAAUAUGUUGCAGAGUAAUUUAAAAACCAACAAAUUCAUAUAUUCAAAUAUAAAUAAAUAAUACCAAAUUACAAAGAAUGCGAAUUGAUGUUAAAGAAAGAAGUAUAUUCACGAGUCUUGAGCGAAAACUUGCAAAAAAAUACAAAAAAAAAUACUUUGAAAAUUCAAAAAGCUAAGCUUGGCGAAAAAAAUUGACUGAAAAUUGAAAAUUCUUAAAAGUUAUAUAUAAAAAAAUUACGUACAUAUAUAAUGGAUAAAAAGCGUACUAAUGAGAAUGAAUUGAUACAUUUUAAAUUGCAAUUAAAUGAUGCAAUUUAACAAAAAUUAACGGAAUACGGUGUUUUUUUUUCAAAAAGUGUGUGGUAACAUGUGAAGUUAUUAUAUAACGUCAACAUGUUGAAUGUAAUGCAAAAAAUUUAAUUACAAUUUUUUAAAACUAAAAAGUACCAUAAUGAAAAAAAACAAACAAAAAAGCAUUUCGCUUAAAAAAAAUUCUCAAAAAUAAUUUUCUUUAUUGAAUUUAUGGUUGUUAAAAAACUUUUUUUUUGAUAAGUUUGUAACAAAUUAAAUAUUGUUCACAACUUUUUAUACAAUUUUGAAUGAGUUGAAGUUCUGCAACUGUCUUGGCCUUAUACAAAGAAAGAACAUUUUUUUCGUGCCCUUUUUUGUUUAAAUUUUUUUUUUUUUUAAUUUCGAUAAACAUGCAAUUAAUUGUUGGUGUAUGUUAUAAAAUCGGACAUUCUAUUAAAACACAGAAAUCGAUAGACCACUUUUUAUCUCUCGAAACAAUUGAGAGGCGUAGAUAAUUACAAAAUAAAAACAAGCAAAAAAAAGAACAUAGUUUGCAAUAAAGUAAAAAAAUCGUAAGAUAAUUCGCAUAAAGUAGCGAAACUACAUAACGUAAACAAACAAACAAUCUGGCUAAGUGUAGACCAGUACAUUAUCAAGAACACGGCAACGAACUAAAUAAACAUCACAAUAGAAAUUUGUUUUUAUUUUAAAAAUAUUAUAUUAACCAAUUCCAAUAAAAAUCAAUGUCAAAAAUAAAAAAUAGAACAUAAAUUAGGGUAAACUUAAAAAAUAUUAUAAUUAAAACAAAUCAAUGUCAUAUACAUAAAAAAAUAAAAAUUAAACUUUUAAAUAUUGCAAAACUAAGCACAUGCGAGUAAAACUAAUAGAUUUAAAAAUAAUAUAUACUUACUAUAUACGAAAAAAAAUUCCCCUAAAAUGCAAUUGAAUGAAUACUUAAAUAGAGAAGUGGUGACACGGAAGAGAAACUAAGCAAAUAAAUUGAUUGAAGUAUCCAUAUGCAACAGAAACAUAACCUAGAAUUAUUUACGCCCCAAGCUAAGCAUAUACACACUUACAUAUUCAUAGAGGUAUUUAUAUUGAUCGACAAAGGUGCGAGAAAUCAAGCAAAUCAGUUGAACAUAACGGAUGCAAUUCGAUGACUCUCAUCAAAUAGUAAGGGGAGUGAAAUGUCACCGAGAAGUGAGAGACAUGAGCACAUGGACGAAGAGAGGGACAUUCUAACAGGCACAUUGUUGCUGUUCCAUUCUAUUUAAAUAGUUUUUGUGCGUAAAGCAGCUGGGAGUGAGGCGGAGGAGAUGCGCUUCGUUAAAAAUAAUUAUUAUUAAAAUUAUAGGAAAUUUAAGUCUUAAAAUUGGAAAAUUUCAUGAAAUUGCCCAUGUGGUUUGAAGCGCUUUCACAAUUCAAAAUUAGAUUCAAUUCAAUUCAAAUCAUUAAACGUUUUCCAAUUCAACAAAUAUAAGUUGAAAUUUCGCUAUUGUUAGGUUAGGUAUAUCUGGGUGAUCUAAAUCUCUGAUCUGAUCUCACAUAGACCACAAGGGCCCGUAGUGUUACCACUGUUGUUGGAGUCCGGUUAAACAUAGUGCGUGAUGCAUGCCCGUGCGAGUUUUGAUAAACAGUUUAAACUUUUGUCAGCAUUAUUCUUCAGAGAUGAAAAGUAUACCGAUCCCAGAGCAGGACGGUGGCAAUGGAGGUUUUCUAGCGAACCCCUUUUUCUUCACAUAAGUUGCACGCGUCAUUCAGGAACAGUCCCACUUCAGCUGCGUGAUAUCUAUGAAAUUUUUUUAAGAUCAAGUUGAGUAUUCCAAAUUUUCUGGCUGCAAAAAACAAAAAAUAAUAGCAAAAUUUAAUUUAGAAAUUAACAAAAUUAAGUUGCUCAUAUUUUUACUUACUCCAAGCUUUACAAUUAAAAAACAAAAUAAGUUAUAAUUUUCGAAAUAAAACAGGCCAAGGUGAAUUUUGGAAACUAACAAAAUUAAGUUGCUCGUAUUUAUAUUUACUGUAAAUUUUACAAUAAUAAGCUAUAAUUUUCGAAACAAAAUAGAACAACUGAAUACGCGAAAUAUUGACAAAGUUAUGAGAAAAUCUGAAAUAUUUAAGUCUUAAAAUUGGAAACUGGUUAAAUACUUCACAUUUUGACCAAAUUAUAAAUCAUAUAAAAAAUUAUAGUUGCAAAACUAAAUCAUAAAUGAAAAAGUUAAUUAACAAGAAAUAUUGGCUACUGGUGCAAUCUU